UGGCUGCACUUGCCGGUGCCACUGGGAAAUGCAGACUGAAAACACGAGCAGGUUGUCAGCGCCAGGCGACCACUCAGGGCUUCAAACAUUAGUUCAUGCUUUUUGUGUACUUGUUAUGGAGAAUGAGGCUGAUAAGUUUUACCGGGAGCUGCCAAAAGUGGAGCUUCAUGCCCACCUCAAUGGAUCCGUCAGCUUCCAGUCCAUGGAGAAGCUUAUCUCUCGCAAACCGCAUCUCAACAUUGAACACAGCAUGACUGCUAUUCGUAGCGGCCAGAGGAGGACACUGGACGAGUGUUUCCAGGUUUUCAAGGUCAUCCAUCAGCUGGUGGACACAGAGGAGGAUAUUCUUAUGGUAGCUAAAGAUGUCAUCACGGAGUUCGCAGCUGACGGUGUCAAAUAUUUAGAGUUGAGGAGUACACCAAGGGAGGAGAAAAACACAGGAUUGACAAAAAGGAGAUAUGUUGAGACGGUCAUCAAAGCCAUCCAUGAAUGUAAAAGUGAGGGAGUGGAUAUUGAUGUCAGGUUUCUGGUGGCUGUUGACCGCAGGAAUGGGACAGAGGUUGCCAUGGAGACGGUGAAGCUGGCGGAGGAAUUCAUGCUGUCCACUGAUGGUUUGGUUCUGGGUCUCGACCUCAGUGGGGAUCCAACGGUGGGCCAUGGCAGAGAUCUACUUCCUGCACUACAGAGGGCCAAAAACAGUGGACUGAAGCUCGCUCUGCACCUCUCAGAGGUUCCAUCCCAGUUGGAGGAGUCAGAUUUGCUGUUGAAUCUUCCUCCAGACAGGAUUGGCCAUGGCACCUUUUUGCAUCCUGAAGUGGGUGGGUCUCAAAGCCUCGUUGACAAAGUGGUGAAGAACAACAUACCGCUGGAACUUUGCUUAACGUCCAAUGUGAAAGGACAAACUGUGCCAUGUUACUCCCAACAUCACUUCCAGUACUGGUACCAGCUGGGACACCCAUGUGUGAUUUGUACUGAUGAUAAGGGAGUGUUCUGUACAGACUUAUCUCAGGAAUAUCAGCUGGCAGCUUCCACAUUUGGCCUCAGUCAUGAAGCCAUAUGGAAGCUCUCCCAGCAGGCCAUAGACUGUACCUUCGCACCAGAGAACCUCAAACAGGAGCUGAAACAGAGGUGGAUCGAAUUACAGCCUCAAGGGUUACAGUGACGUCCAAUGGAGUCUAAAGCCAGUCA